AUGGUCUUGGAGUCCGCGACGUGGCGUCAGCGUGGUCAACUGGAAGCCGGGGCGCGGCCCCCGGCGGCGCCGCGCCUCCAUAAAUCUCCGCGAGGCCGCGCGCUCUCCGCCGCGCGCCGCUUCCUUUUUUUUUUUUUUUCACUCCCCCGAGCCGCUCGCGGUAAUAAGAGCGCGAGCGUCAACGUCAGCCUAGUCGAGCGAAAUUUCGCAAACUCUUACGCAGAGUGGGCGAGCAGAGAGGAUUUCUGGCGAACGCAUCCCCCGCGAUAUUCAAACAGGGGGUUGGAUCCCAUCGAGGCGAGCGUCAGGCCGUUGUCGGGCGAAGAUAAAAGCGGCCGCGCCGACGCGGCAGACGGACGUAAU